AUGUUGAAUCUUAUAAUUUUAACUAGCAGACGUUUGCAUCGUCACGAAGUUCGACAUUCAUGUGACCAACGCAAUGAUGACAAUAGUGGUGGUUUUUCUGAUCGUGAAAGGCACCGCAAACGUGAUUCACCCGAUUAUUACGACCGUUUUCAUCGUCAUCAGCGUCACAGUGAUGAUCACUUUGAUUGUCGAAGAUCUGGUCGAUCACACGGAUAUGAUGAUGGAGGACGACGUUACUGGUACUCUCGGCGUAACGAUCGUCGAGAUGAUUGGUAUCGUCGAAAUAAUUCAGGAAUAGGUGAUCGACAUCGGAAACGUGAUCGUGACGGAAAAAGAUAUCGUGAGGAAGAAAAACGUUCGCGUCGCAGUUAUCACUACUCUUCAAAUUCCGAUACUGACCGCAAACGAAAACACAGUAUGGCAGAUCAUAGUGAGGAUGAAGGUCGGAGACGAUUGAGAAGGCAUAGUUCGAGUGUGGAAGAAAAAAAGCGUCGCAGGUCGAAAUUGAGGGAAGUCAUUCCAGAUACAAAAGAUAUAAAAGUAGAACCUGCAUUAAGUCCUCAUUCCGACAGCAUGCAAAAAAUUUCUCCCUCGAUUGCACCAACAUUCCUUGAGGAAUCGAAUCGCAAUAUUAGAAACAGAACUCCAGUUUUGGAAUCCAGUACUGCUGAAAUAGCUUUGCCGGAAAAACAACCUAUGGAUAGCGUUAAGAUGGAAAUUGACUCUAAUGACGAUAAAGAAGAAGUGGAACAAAGCUCAGGGCACAAAUGUUGCAAUUCAACGGAGAUGCACGAUAGUUCAGAGAAAAGAUAUCGUCAUGAUACUCCAGAAUCUGGUGAUAGAAGCCGCAGCACUUCUAGUUCUAAUGACGAAUUCCUGCAUCAUUCAGGUAGCACACACAGUUCUACCACAACAUCAAAUGGCGGCGCAACUGAAAAUAUUUUGAAUGGAAAUUCAGAUGAGGUACACUCACCUUCCCAUUCCCCUGAACCAACGUCAGAAACAAAAGACCGGGGUAAGAAGUUGGGAAGUCAGGAAAGGAAAGUUCAUUCACCAGGAGAUAAACAUGGAAAAUCUGAUUCUGAUAUGUCUGCGCGAAAGCAAUCAUCACUUAGGGAUUCUGUUGAUGACAGCUGCAGACGACAUGGAUCAAAAGGAAGUUUCCCGAAGAGUUCACAUCGCCAUGUUUCGAGUUUAGAAUCUGAUCAUGAUUGUUCGGAAUCUGGUAAGCGGAGAGAUCGUCUCUCAGAUAAUGCUCGCAAACACAAAAAACAUUAUGCAGAGUCAAGUGAAUCCAAAUUUCGCUGUUCGGAAAAUCAUGAAUCCAGACAUCGCGGCCGUCAUCGUUCGACUUCUAGUAGUCGUACUCGCAAAUUAUCAAGACGGAAAUCACAUUCCAAUGAUUCAUUACGUAAAAGACAUCAUGAAAGUAGAUCCAGAAGUCAUCAUUCCAAGCAUCAAAUAAGCAGAAACCGUAGUCGAUCACGACACCAUCGUAAACAUUCUAGUGAAAGCCGAAGAAGUGUCUCUCACAGUGCUCGCAAAUCUACAAGUGCUUCGUCUCAAAAGCGAUCAUAUUCCCAUAAAAAUAGUCACAUGAAAUCUGAAAGCACAGAAAGCACUAGUGAAGAAGAAGUGCGUAUUAGACGUCGUCGACAUGAUACGUCCAGUUCGAGGGAUGAGGAGGAUAGCGACAGUUCUCGUGGCAGGCGAUCUCAUCGUUCCAGUGGAAGCAGCAGUAGUUCCUCAAGCAGUAGUCAAACAUCGGUAGAAAGAACUGGCAAACACUCGAAUGAUUCUGGAAAGAAACGACAUCACCGACGUUCACCCGCACUGCGUGAACCAAUUGAUGAAAGUGACUGAUGAAAUCAGAGAUGAGGAUAAAGCGAAUGUGAUGUGAUGGGAAAUACACUUAGCGAGAAAUGUAAACAGUCUGCAAUUGUUUGAUAUACACUUAUCUAGAUAUAUGUUUUAGUCAUAGUCCUCAUUCAUUUUGGUUACAUUUUCUAGC